CACUCACUCCGGAACGAGGAGACUGCUACUGCUACCUAGUAGACUCUACCACCUCGAGGGGCGUGUCUUCGUUGCGCUCGCGUAACCAGCAUGCAGCGAUAGGAGCAUUAUGUUCGGGUCUCGGUUGUUCGGUCUGAAUUGGCCAGCACUUCGUCGAAGAAGGAGGAGCCGCCGUUAUUCAACCCGGCCGUUCUUCAUCAGUCUCCUCAUAUUCGCUGUACUGGCUGCUAUCAGCUGGAUUGCGUCUCUAAGUUCGAGCAACGAACUCCUGACUGUCGCGGCAAACCUCCACACGCGUCAAGAAGAUGGCCAUCCAGAGUGCCGUCUGGUUCGCAACGUCAAGGAUCAAUGUGCCUUCGUCCGUGUCAACUGCCCCGACCAUGAAGACGGCCUAUUUUCCUACCUGCAGUUCUAUUACUGUUCGUUGGCAGCCGCCAAACCGGUUGCUUUCGUGGUCUUGAUACUGUGGCUGUCGCUGUUGUUCAGCACCAUCGGGAUUGCGGCUAGCGACUUUCUCUGCGUCGACCUCAGCACGCUGGCGAGCAUUCUUGGCAUGAGUGAAAGCUUGACAGGGGUGACUUUUUUGGCCUUUGGAAAUGGAAGUCCCGACGUCUUCUCGACCUUUGCCGCGAUGCGGUCGAACAGCGGCAACCUUGCCAUCGGCGAAUUGAUCGGCGCCGCAAGUUUUAUCACCUCCGUCGUGGCAGGGUCCAUGGCACUGGUUCGCCCGUUCAGGGUUGCUCGUCGGAGUUUUGUCCGCGAUGUAGGGUAUUUCGUCAUUGCGGUGGGCUUCAGUAUGAUCAUGCUCGCCGACGGUCGACUCCAUGCGUGGGAAGCUGCUGCUAUGGUUUGCUUGUACGGAUUCUACGUCUUCAUGGUUGUGGUCUGGCACUGGUAUCUGGUCCGGCGACGGAGAGCCCGCGAGCGGAAUGCCGCUGCGCGGUCACACUUUCACAUCCCCGACAACCAGGAGCUAGACAUUGACGAGGAAGAGGAAGACGAUGACCGCGGCGUGGCAUCGGAAUCGCAGAGUCUUCAAGGAGCAUCAGCAGAAGAUUUCACGAGCCUGGAGAGAUCUGACGCACUGGCAUGGAAGCAAGAUGAGGAUGAAGACGAUGAAACUCGUAAUCGGUAUCUGGCAGAGAUACGAGACAACAUGCAUGUCUAUCGACCGACGUAUGGACGGCGAAACACGUUGAACCCCAUCAGACCCAGUUUGGUGGGUGCGCUCGAGUUCCAGUCUGUGUUGUCGUCACUUCGGAAAUCGAGGAAUAUCCACGACCAUCCCCCGAUCACUCUUCAAAGUUACACUGAUGACCCCAAUGCCCGUCCGUCCAAGCACAGCGAUAAUCGCUCCGUUGCAUCUUAUUCACGGGUCGAUCGAUCUUCAACCCACCAGCAGUUCCUCUCCCCGCACGACCAAGCUUCCUCUGCGCGAGUACGGGCGGUAUCCGCCAAUGAUGCCGCUGGACUGAAACUUGAUACGACGGUGUUCGGGCAAAAGGCUCCAACACCUGUCCAGGUCACCCUGAGUCGACCAUCUGUCGAAGGGCUGGGGUCUCAAGAUCUGACAGAGCCACUGCUAACUCGGAUCGAUCCGGCUGCCGGGCUGACGGCCUCUCCGUCGUCAUCGGGCUACCCGUCACGAAGCUCAACCCCAGAAGCUGGGGAACAUGCCCAAAGUCCUCGUUUACUUGCACCGCCUCUGGAUGGAUUCCGUUCACUCAACUACCAGGCGGACGCCUCCAGCUCGAAUUCCCUGUUGCAAGUUUCUCCACGCGGGACUUCUCUCGUUCGCAAGCCGUCCGAUUAUGGGUCGGAGAGCCCUUCGUCCCCCUUUCCCCCGUUCUCCAGCGGUCUCGAGGCUGAGGGCUCCGGGGCCCCGAGCAUCUGCCUUCCAACUACCACCACCAGUCCCACACAAGUGCUGCAUGUUUACGAUCACGACUUAGAAGGAGCCUUGCCUCGGCCCAUCAGCUGGUGGCCUUAUGAGAAGCUCCCCCCACCGGACAUCCUGAUGUCGACCCUUUUUCCGACUCUAUACGGUUGGAAAUCCAAGCGCGUUUGGGAACGGGCCUUGGGGCUCGUUUCAGCUCCCAGCGUACUGCUCCUUACGAUCACGAUUCCAGUGAUUGACCCAGCACCUGUUGACUACCCCGAACCGAUCUCUGUCACCGUCACGGCGGCAAAUGGCAUCGAAGACGCACCUGAGCCACGGAUUCGACUCCCCGAGGACAGCCCCCUUCUCCAGGCGCACGAUUUUGGCGGCGUAGUGUCCCUUGCUCCUGGCCGACCGCGCUGGGACUCGGAGCUACCCGCCGUCGUCCACGCGCCAAGAUCCGAGUCCGACGCCGCCCCGACGACAACCAAGGAAUGGAACAGAUGGCUUGUCGUCAUCCAGCUGUUCACGGGGCCCUUCUUCAUCGCGCUGAUCGGCUGGACGACAACCGUGGACUCGGACCUGCAAACGCGCACCCACCUCCUCCUCCUCCCAUUCCUGUGCUCGCUGCUCUUCUCGCUGGUCGUGCUCACGGCGCUCAUCGUCAGCACACGACACCGCGACCCGUCCCGCCCCCUCGCCGCGGAAUGGCGCCCCUUCCUCGCCAUGCUCGGUUUCCUCGUGGCCAUCGCCUGGAUCGCCACCAUCGCCACAGAGGUCGUCGCCCUGCUCAAAACCCUCGGCGUCAUCCUCAACAUAAGCGACUCCCUGCUCGGCCUCACCAUCUUCGCCGUCGGAAACUCCCUCGGCGACCUCGUCGCUGAUAUCACUGUCGCCCGGCUAGGGUACCCCGUCAUGGCCCUCAGCGCUUGCUUCGGCGGACCCAUGCUCAAUAUCCUCCUCGGUAUAGGCCUUGGCGGCCUCUACAUGACCCUCCAACGAGACAUCCCUUCUUCUUCUUCUUCUGCUUCUCCGCCUUCUUACGAUAUCGCCAUCUCAAAGGUCCUGGUCAUCAGCGGCGCAACCCUGCUCCUCACCCUUGUAGGCUUGUUGAUCAUCAUCCCCCUCAACAACUGGAGGAUGGACCACAAGAUCGGCUGGGGCUUGAUCGCCUUGUGGACCGUCAGCACUCUCAUCAAUGUCGUUGCCGAGCUUGUCUCGCCGACAUAAUUACUGUAUAUGGGCUUGAAUUGUCAGUACUGAAUAGUGAACCAUUGCAUGUAUGACUACGGUAUAGUUUAUAUGAUAUACGAUAUAUGCAUUUUUGAUAUUUUCAUCUGAAUUGAUCUAGUCUGUUCAUUUUUAGUUGAAUAACAAUAUACUACCAACUACUCUUAUC